AAGUAAAUAAUAUAUUUUUAUCAUACGGAGUAUUAAAAAUUUACCCAUGGAAUAAUAAUUGAUAUUUUCAUGUGCCAAAUUGUUUGCACGUUUACAUUUUCUUUGGCAGUUGGCAGGCAGGAACCUUAGAUAUGGACGUGGAAGCCACAGGGGGUGCAUCUUCCGGACCGAUCAGCAGUGAUUCGUCUCCUGAACUUCGCAAAAAAUGGAUCCAGAUUCAAGAUUUUCUCAAGGGAAAGCUCAUUACAAGGGAUGACUUCAAAUGGAGAUUACCCACAAAGGAUGAUGAAGAAGAAGCAGUGAAAAGUGGGGAAGUUCUCAAAUUCGUCGGCGGGGUUGACUUGAGCUUCUCAAGGGCUGAUCCCUCCGUUGCUUGUGGCAGUCUUGUGGUGCUGGACUUGCAGACACUCCGAGUUGUGUACGAGGAUUACUCUGUUGUUAGGCUCCAUAUCCCUUACAUUCCGGGUUUCCUUGCCUUUAGAGAGGCUCCUGUGCUGCUUGGGCUUUUGCAGAAAAUGAAGGCAAACUCUCAUCCAUUUUACCCUGAGGUACUGAUGGUUGAUGGCAAUGGGUUGCUCCAUCCUCAAGGCUUUGGCUUGGCCUGUCAUCUUGGGGUUUUAGCUGACCUUCCUACUUUAGGAGUAGGAAAGAAUUUGCACCAUGUUGAUGGUCUAACCAAAUCAAGGGUUACAAAACUUCUAGAAGCCACAGAAAACUCCACAAUUGAUACCUUGAGUUUAACAGGGGACUCUGGAUGUACUUGGGGAGCGGCAAUGCAAUCAACUCGCUGCUCCUUGAAGCCCAUAUUCAUUUCAGUUGGUCACCGUAUUUCUCUUGACACUGCUGUUAAAAUUGUGAGGAUGACUUGCAAAUUCCGCAUUCCAGAGCCCAUCCGGCAGGCAGAUAUAAAAUCACGGAGUUACCUCCAUGAUCAUCCAGAGAUGCACCAGCAUUUAUGUGGCCAGGAAACUUGCAAGCACUAGGAAGCUGGUUGUUCUCCUGAUAGUAACUGUUAAAUGCAUAAGAAAUGUUGCCACGAGAGUCUAGAUCUCCGCAUGAUGUCCCGUACCCAAGGCUUGUGCAAUCAGCAUGUGAGCACGCAUACCCAACACUGUCAGCUAUCUGUGGGUUGUCAAGACUUGCUGUGGGAGCUAUGACGCACCACUGUUGAGUAAGGUAAUGAACACCACUCGCUGGUACCAGACGUCCAGAAUUGGCACCCAGGCUGAGAUUGUACUUUGGCGUGCCAUCAAAAUUAAAUAUCCCCCAGUGGCGCUCAAAGUUACCUGGCUGGAUGCUUUUGGCAUCCUCAUCAAUUAGGCUGAACAGGUACGCAUCUAUAGGCCCAGGUCUCAAAGGUGUUCCCUUUCCUCCUGAUAUACGAGUCAUGAAUCCUUGAUUGAAUCUCUGUGCAUACUUCACAUUUGCAUGCAUAUCCCCAUCUGUUGGCCAUCCAAUUUCUCCAAUGAUGAUGGACAUGUUUGGAAACCCAUUUUUCUGUAAUGCCCAGACUAGGGUAUCAUGGUUUGCAUCAAACACAUUGCUGUAGACUUUUCCAUCGUCAUCGAUGGAGUUGGAAUAACCAUCAAAAAAGGCAUAGUCGGCUGGGAAGUUGGGAUCAUUGUAGAGGCUUAUGAAGGGGUAUAUAUUGACAGUAAAGGGUGCCCCAUUGUCACUUAAGAACUUGACAAUGCUCACCAUGAGGUCACGGAUAUCCUGUCUAAAGUCACCGGUUGAAGGUUUUUCCGAUGAGCUCUGGUACACAUCAGCAUUAAGAGGGAUAGUGACCUUUACCUUAUUGCCCAGGCCUGCUUUUAUGAGUGCUGCUUGCACAUUUUGGAGAGCGGGGAAUGUUGUUGCCAGGAAGGUCCCAUUAAAUGUUGAUAAGAAUGGUUCAUUUCCUACUGCAACAUACCUUCAAGGGGGGAAACAAUUAUUCAGCACAGUAAAAGACACAGGUUAAUCGAGCUCUUUAUAUUUUCUACCUUAUUGGAUAAUAAUGACAUUGCUAAGCAAUUAUAGUGAAAUCUUUAUUUUAUGCUUCCAUCUUAAA